UUUCUCUUUUAUUUUAAGGACACGUCUGUCACUGUGGGAGGCACAGGCAGCCCAAAACCGAUGAUAUUUCGAACAAAAUCAAAUCCUCUGGCUUGGCAUGUUAUUCAUUCAUGUUAUAAGGAAUUCAUCGAUAAAAGAAACCAAGCAUAUGACAUUUGCGAACGACUAAGCACACUAUGUGUUCCACUGGCCGUGGUAUGGGCCGAUUACUUGGUUUGAUAUAAAAAGACAAGCAGAAGGGUACAGACAAUCCAGGUCGAAGCAGCGAAGAACAGGAAGUAAAGGGAUUUAGAGGAAUUAACUGCUAUGAAUCGUGGAAGAAGAGGAUGGGGAUCUGCUAAAGCAGGGUCUAACUAUAGAUCAGGCUAUAGAGGGCAAGGACGUGGUCGUGGUAACUACUCUCAUUAUCAAGAAGAGUCAGCGGAGCGACCCCCUCAUGGGAGAGGUGGUACUGGUGCAAGAUCCGGUCGGCGAGGUCCUAUCCUAGGAUACAAGCGCCUUGAAAGCCUAAAGUCAAAGACUCCUGAUGAAGUAGUUGACGAUCUACUAAACUGCAAGGAUAGUUUUAACGACUUGAUUUUCUCUGAAGAGAUAAAAAGUGACUGGAUACCACUGCUCAUACACGUGAUCGCAAAUGCCUCCAAGUCACUUAUGAAAGAAAAUGCCAACGAGCUGUUAUUCCUUCUUAAAGAAUCUAAAUUCUUAAGCAAGCAUCUUAAAGAGUACAUUCUGGAGCUGCAAUUUGAGGCUGAGGAUUUCGAUGAAGAUGACCUGAAGAGCUUACUUCAGAGCUUGACUUGUUUCUUCAGGGUGUGGCUCAGUAGAUUUCCAGGGUCUGGCCAGAAACUCCCGCUUGACGAGUUCCGUGGAUGUUUGAAUAAAUUGGACUGUGAUGUUCUUGAGCUUCAAGAUGAAGUAGAUGGCUUACUAGAUAUCAGGGAUCAAGAGUUGAGAAGCCGGACAGAACAGAAGAAGAAGAAGAAAGCUUUCGUGAAGGGAUGUAGUGUUCAAGCAAAGCCAGAAGUUGAAGGUACCCCACCUGAUGAUUUCCACGAGUUGUCUGUUGAACCAAGAAGUGAGGAAAUAAAUUCCAGUGAGCUUCCCUUUUUGCGCAGGAUCCGAACAGGUGAAAAUGAAACGUACGAUGAUCUAGAUCAUUACCUUGAUGUACAAUUCAGGCUGUUAAGAGAAGACUUCGUUGGGCCAUUACGGGAAGGCAUACGAGAAAUCAAGAGCGGUGUUUCAAAGGAAGAACGAUCCUAUGACCUCUCCAUGUACGAAGACGUGAAAAUCAUUGGGCCUGGUUUCUCGAGUUCAGGUUUAAUCCAUAGAAUUUAUUUUCGUCCGUUUGUGAAGAGGAAGGAUUUCUGGCAGCACUCAAAGAGGGUGUUAUUUGGCUCGUUUCUGUGUCUGUCCAAAGAUAACUUCAAGACAAUGACUUUUGCCACUGUGGCAGAUCGCAAGCCGGAGGAGCUUGCCAAGGGAUUUCUAGACGUCCGCUUUAUUGAUGGAGUAGAACCAGCGGUCAAGAGUAAUGAGAAAAUUGUCAUGGUGGAAUCUCCCGCCUAUUUCGAGUCUUACCGCCAUGUCCUCCAAAGACUUAAAGAGAUCAAACCAGAUCAAUUCCCAUUCCAGGAAUACCUUGUAAGUUGCUCUCCCGACGUUAAAAGACCAGCUUAUUUGACAGAUCUGAAAGUACGGUGCGACCUUACUGAGGCCCUAAGUACUGGACAAGGGGUGAAUGCGAAUGUUGAAGUGCUGAACCCACAGGGAUGGCCGAGUGAAGAUGUGGUGAAGCUGAAUCGUUCACAGUAUGAAGCACUGAAGGCAGCGUUAACGAAGGAGUUUGUAGUGAUUCAAGGACCUCCAGGAACCGGAAAGACAUACGUGGGUCUGAAGAUAGUCCGUGCUCUCAUGGAUAACCGAGCUGUGUGGAAACCAAAAGAUCCUGCGAAAUCUUCCUGCAUGUUGAUGGUGUGCUACACCAAUCACGCCUUGGAUCAGUUUCUAGAAGGCAUCUUGGAAUUCCAAGUGGACGGCGUGGUUAGAGUUGGUGGCAGAAGCAAAAGCGAGGUGCUCCAGAAUCAUAACCUACAUGAGCUAACCAGGUUAUCUGAAGGUCAGCGCCGCGUGUAUAGAGAAACAAAGGAGUCUCAAGAAUAUCUGGAAAAGUGUCUAAAAAUCCUUGAUGAAAGUCGUAGGCGAAUUCUGACCGUGGGGGAGCUAGGAGACGCUAUCGGGAUAGGCCAUAGGAAACAAUUGAACUUGAUAAGCUACGAGCUCAAACAGCAAGGGCUUUCCUCAGUCGAGGGCUGGCUUGGCCUCAAGAAUAUUGCCCCCGUUGUCCUUCAAGAGAAACGUGAAGAAAUAGAAUUCCCGAUUGACGAGAUGGAAGACCAAAACAACAUCGAGGUAGAUUACGAUGCAGACAUCAUUCAGAGUCGGCGGCAAAUUGGAGAUGAGGUUCACUACUCAAAGCAGGCACCUCGAGGGAACAAUAAGGGCGGGCCUCAGACGAAAAAGCGAUAUGCGGCCCUAAGUAAACAGGAACUGGAGAUACUAAAAGGUACUCAAUUAAAACCUAUGCCCCAGAAAGAUGCCAUAAAUAUUUCUGAUCUUCAGGGGUUAGACAAAAAACAGCGUUGGGCGCUGUAUCUGUUCUGGCUCCGACUCUUUCGAAGCAACAAGCAGGAGGAGAUCAAAAAGAAAGCUGAAGAUUAUGAUCAGCAGUGCAAACGGCUCGCUGAAGUGAAAAGCUUUGAAGAACACAAAGUACUAUCUCAAGCCACAGUCAUCGGGAUGACAACCACUGGUGCUGCAAAGUACAGCAGGCUUCUUGAACAAAUCAAACCGCGCAUUGUCGUAGUAGAGGAAGCCGCUGAAGUACUCGAGGCGCACAUCAUCACUUCCUUGACACAGGAAACCCAACACCUUAUUCUGAUUGGGGACCACAAACAACUGAGACCAAAUCCAACUUGUUACAACUUGUCGCAGAGAUAUAACCUGGAUGUUUCUUUAUUUGAAAGGAUGGUGAAAGGAGGGAUGCAGUGUGAAUCUUUAGACAUCCAGCAUCGUAUGCGACCAGAAAUUUCAAGGGUCUUGAAGCAUAUAUACGAGAAACUUGAAGAUCAUCCAAAAGUAUGUGAAUACAAGAACGUCCCAGGAGUAAAAUACAAUAUGUACUUUAUCAACCAUAACGUUAUGGAAGACAACAAUGAAUAUGACCAAAAACUCAAAAGCUACUCAAACAAGCAUGAAGCAACCUACAUGGUGGCCCUGUGUGAAUACUUCCUUAACCAAGGCUACCGACCAGAGGAAAUCACCCUCCUGACUAUGUACACAGGCCAGCUGCUUGUCUUACGAAAACUCAUGCCAAAAGAACGCUUCCAAGGCGUGAGAGUAACAGCUGUGGACAACUUCCAAGGAGAAGAGAACAAGAUUAUCUUGCUCUCUCUUGUGAGAAGCAACGCCAAGAAGAAAAUCGGCUUCCUAGGAAUUGAAAACCGUGUGUGUGUGGCGCUGUCCAGAGCCCAAGAAGGAUUUUUCUGCAUCGGGAACUUCACUAUGUUGGCUGAAAAAAGUGGGCUUUGGAAAAAGAUAGUUGAAGAUAUGAAAAAAUGGGAAGCAAUUGGAAGUGGGAUUGAACUCGUCUGCAUGAACCAUCCAGAGAAGAGGAUUUGUGCCAAAACUGCAGGAGACUUUAUUAACGUACCCGAGGGUGGAUGCUUGGAGCCAUGUUCGUAUCGUUUGAAGUGUGGACAUGAGUGCCUUAGGGUUUGCCAUCCAGUAGAUCCCGACCACGAACAGUAUAAAUGCAGAAAGAAAUGUCUAGCUCUGCUUUGCAGUGAACACGACACUCGGUGCAAUAGCGAGUGCCACUUUGGUACCCCAUGCAAAGGGUGCGAGGUUAAAGUCGUAAAAGUGAUCCCUAAAUGCGGACAUGAGGUAUCUGUACCCUGUGGGGUACCUCCUGAGGCGUUCCAGUGCCAAGAACAGUGUCGUACUCGAUUUGGGUGCAGACACAUUUGUCCAAAGAAGUGUUUUGAGCAGUGCGACCCCAGUAAUUGUAAGGUUCAAAUCUCAAAAGAAUUGAAUUGUGGGCAUGUCGCAACAGGGAAUUGUUCAGAGAUCCGCCAAUCAUCUUUCCAAUGUCAAGAGCCUUGUAAAACCAUCCUUGAGUGUGGUCAUGCUUGUGGUGGGAGCUGUUCGUCCUGUAAACAAGGGCGUCUACACGUCACCUGCCAGGAGCCGUGUCAGCGCAUACUGGUUUGCCAACACCGCUGUACAGAGCCCUGCUCCAAAGACUGCCCACCGUGCACCGAAAAGUGCGAGAAUCGCUGCAUCCACAGCAGAUGCCCUUUAGAAUGUCAAGACCCUUGCACACCCUGCAAGGAAAUGUGCUCGUGGGAAUGCCAAAGAUCGUGCCGCAACAGAUACAAGUGUAAAGGACUGUGUAGCGAGAAAUGUACCCGGCCACGAUGCGAUACGCCAUGUUUCAAACUGUUGUCAUGCCAACAUCGGUGUAUUGGACUUUGUGGUGAGCCUUGCCCAAAGCUUUGCAUAGUGUGCGACAACGAAGAGCUCACUGCUUUGUACUUUGGUGGCGAAGAUCAGAAAGGCGCUAGAUUUAUUGAGCUCGUGGACUGCAAGCACGUUUUUGAAGUCAACGGGAUGGAUAACUGGAUGAGUUAUAAUGAUGAUGAGGAGGAACAAGACCAGCCUAUCCAACUCAAGUGCUGCCCCAAGUGCAAGACACCAAUCAGGCGUACCUACCGAUACGCCGACCUGGUUAAAGAAAAACUUCAUAACAUUGAACGAGUGAAAAAGAAAAUUCUCCAAGAGGAAAGAAAGUUGGAGGAAGAAACGGAAAAUCUAUUGGACUUCUUAGACACACUGAGUGAUACCUAUCCAGAGAUAAGAAGUCCGGCAAGAACUAAAGACCACGACAUUGAAGAAUUUGAAGAUGAAGAAGAAAGAGAAGAAGAUCUGGAAGCGGAAGAUGAAGUAGAAGUGAAUAGCACAUCAAUUUGGGAUACUUUUAAGUGUUGGCUCGAACAACGUCGAACGCUGACUGAGCUUAACACUAUGCAGAACCAGUUGCUGCUUUUGGAAAUUAUCUGCGAACUAAAAGCAAAAAUUGAGAAAGACUUUGAGCUGGAAGACGUCGAGAGUGAAUUGAACGUUCUCCUAGGAAAGGUUGUCUCUACCAUUCACAUUCCACAUCAACAGAUCAAGGAUGUUCGAGACGAGGUAGCACGCAUUGGACUGGAGUUGAAGUUACGACAUCUCAAGUGCAAAAUAAAAGAUUCCAUGACCCUUUUGAAUGACAUAGACAAAGUAACUCUACAACGAGUCGAAAAACAACUUACAAAUGGAGCACGACUUCGAGAAAGGGAAGCCAAAGACAUAGAUGAGGCUCUUAUGAGCAUCAGUGCUAGGUAUGGUGUACGAUCACUGACACGUGAGGAAUGGCCCGUGACUCCAAGCAUGGGACUAUCUACGGGUCAUUGGUACAAAUGCCCUAACGGCCACAUCAAUAAUCAGGUUCAAUACGCGGAUCAAACCAAGAAAACAAGUGUCCAGAUUGUAUUGCAGAUGAUGAUGAAUGGUAGAUAGAGAUAACACGAAAACAGGUCUAUGAAAUCAGGAUGGAUGCUGCAAGGUCGCAAGGACUAGAUAGUAUCAAGCAGUACUGCAUGAAGAUUAAACAGCGGAUCCUUGAUGUCGUGUAGAACUACGUAGGUAUAGAACUAAUCAUGACCAUGUGAACCAAGAUGUCACAUGAUGGCACUAUAAAACUAGUUUGAAAUGCGUUGUGUAUCGAAACACCACAGGGUGCCCAUGCUUGGUUUUUGUGCCGGUACAGUAAAACACUGAAAUGGCUUCUAAGUGUUUUCGUGUAAUACAUCCAAUCAAUUAGGGUUGUGAAUAUGGUGCUAUUCAAAUGUAAUCAAUGCUGAAAACAUCAUUCUUUCAAAGAAUGUUUUUAAGAUUGCCUCUGACUAGGAUGUUUUUGCACUUUUAAGAAUAAUACAAAAUUUAAAUGUUAA